AUGGAAAAUUUUACACAUGUCUCAGAGUUUGUUCUACUUGGAUUCCAAGGGGGUCCAAGAACACAGACCAUGCUAUUUUUGAUUUUUUUCACCCUGUAUGUCAUAGCUGUAGUGGGAAACUUUGGUAUGAUUGUAAUUGUCAGGGUGGAUUCAUGCCUCCACACUCCAAUGUACACCUUCCUCCAAAGCCUCUCCUUGUUGGACAUCUGCUAUUCUUCCACAAUUGCCCCCAGGACUCUGAUGAACUGCAUAAAGGAAGACCACACGGUGUCCUUUGGUGGAUGUGCUGCUCAGUUCUUCUUCCUGUCUCUCUUUGGUACCACAGAGGCCUUUCUCCUGGCUGCCAUGGCCUAUGACCGCUUCAUUGCCAUCUGCAACCCUCUUCUGUACUCUGUGACUAUGUCUCACCAGGUCUGUGUAUGGCUAGUCUUGGGAUCUUACUUGUGGGGUGUACUCAAUGCUGUCACUCAAACAAUGAUGACCUUCAGCUUGCCCUUCUGUGGGUCCAAUGAAAUCAAUGACUUUUUCUGUGACAUCCUCCCUCUCUUGCCUCUCUCCUGUUCAGACACCUUUAUAAACCAACUGGUUCUUCUUGGCUUAUGCGGUUCCAUUAUUAUCGGUACCUUCUUGAUUGUUCUCAUCUCAUACACCUACAUCAUCUCAACUAUACUAAGGAUGCGGACACCACAGGGCCGCCAGAAAGCCGUCUCCACAUGUGCCUCCCAUCUAACUGGAGUGUGCUUGUUUUUUGGAACAGUUUUCUUCAUGUAUGCACAACCUAGUGCCAUCGUCUCCAUAGAGCAAAGUAAGGUAGUGUCCAUCUUUUACACCAUUGUCAUUCCCAUGUUGAAUCCCCUGAUAUACAGCCUGAGGAACAAAGAUGUCCAGCAAGCUUUGAGGAGGAGCAAGAAGAAGUUUUCUUUGUGA